UUGAAGGUUUCCAGUUCCGCUUCCGGGUCAGAUCGCAUGUUCACGCAUGCUGAUGAAAUAGUUGAAUUCGAUCUUUGAAAUUGUUACUUUUUGAAAUUACUACAAUUUUAAUGUAACAACUUAAGGAUAUAGUUAAAUAUCAAGAUUUGGAUAUAUCUGUAGCUAUAAGAGUGAAGAAUGCCGUCAUUCAGCUGUAGAUUCUACCAGCACAGGUUUCCAGAGGUGGAAGAUGUGGUGAUGGUCAACGUGCGCUCCAUCGCAGAGAUGGGCGCCUACGUUAGCCUGUUAGAGUACAACAACAUCGAAGGCAUGAUCCUGCUGAGCGAGUUGUCUCGCAGACGUAUCCGCUCCAUCAACAAACUCAUCAGGAUUGGACGCAACGAGUGUGUGGUCGUCAUCCGAGUGGACAAGGAGAAAGGUUAUAUUGAUCUGUCCAAGAGAAGAGUUUCACCCGAGGAGGCAAUCAAGUGUGAAGACAAAUUCACCAAAUCCAAAACGGUGUACAGCAUAUUGAGGCAUGUGGCUGAGGUUCUGGAGUACACUAAGGAGGAGCAGCUGGAAAGCCUGUUCACGCGUACUGCCUGGGUGUUUGAUGAGAAGUACAAGAGGCCUGGAUACGGAGCCUAUGAUGUCUUCAAACAGGCUGUGGCGGACCCAGCCAUUUUAGAUUGUCUGGACCUGACAGAGGAGGAGAAGGCUGUGCUCAUUGACAACAUCAACAGAAGACUCACACCACAGGCUGUCAAAAUCAGAGCAGACAUUGAGGUGGCCUGCUAUGGCUACGAAGGCAUUGAUGCUGUCAAAGAAGCAUUGAGGGCGGGUCUAGGCUGCUCCACAGAGGCCAUGCCCAUCAAGAUUAAUCUGAUAGCGCCGCCGCGCUAUGUCAUGACUACCACCACGCUGGAGCGCACGGAGGGUCUCUCUGUCCUCAACCAGGCCAUGGCUGCCAUCAAAGAGAAGAUCGAGGAGAAGAGAGGAGUCUUCAACAUCCAGAUGGACGCAAAGGUUGUGACAGACACCGAUGAGACAGAGCUGGCACGCCAGCUGGAGCGACUGGAGAGAGAGAACGCUGAGGUGGACGGAGAUGAUGAGGAUGGAGAGAUGGAGGCCAAGGCAGAGGACUAAUCUAGAGGAAAAACAGACGGAUUGGAUACAACAACAAGACCAAUUAUACACAGUCCAGGGCCAGUAUUAGUAAAGCAUCUCUGAGUAGGAGUGCUGAUCUAGGAUCAGGUCCUCCAUGUCAAUGUUAUUCAUAAUAAUCUUUAAAGGCUAAACUGAUCCAAGAUCACCAAUCCUACUUUGAGAUGUUUCAUGAAUACCCACCCCAACAAACUUUAAUUUCAAAUCAAAUCGUGCAUUCUAGAACGUCUCUCCAACUGAACACGUCUCUGUUGGUCAGUACCAGGGACCCUCAGGAAGACUGAACCAGAGAGACGGCUACAGGUGCUAACUAUCAUACUGCCAAACACAGAGCUGGGAAAUGCAGCUGUCAUUCUCCCAAUGGACAAAAUAAACACAUUCAUAUUAUCACUGAACCCUAGCUGUUUGAAUUGAGUCCCAAAGGUGAACAGUGUGGUCGGUUGGGUUAGGUUUAGCCUACUUGUUCAAUCUGUUUUGUGCUGUAGCCAACUCCUCUGUGUGGAAGUGAGGAUACAAUAGAGAAUAGGACCAGGUUUAGUGGGGUGGUCAUCUCAUGUAGACUGACUAUGUAAACAUAAACACCUGACCAAAUGACUCCAGAUUUUUGCUCUGGGUUAACUGAGAUUAGUGGGGUGGUGACUUGGUCCCAUACUUAAUGAUCUGUAGCCAACUCUUUGUUACACAUACGGGAUGAGACCAAGGUAGAGUGAGUAGAGGUUCACUUGAAGAUAGAUUCUGGGAAUAUCAUUUGUUAUUAGAUAUGCAUAUCAAGCAAAUAAGGACAUUUUUUUAGGAUUGAGGCGUUUUGAAAGUGGCCUUGUCUUUCUCCCCAACUCCAUGUAAGGACAAUGGUUUUCUGGUCUUUUUCCACCUCACUCUUUUUCAAGUGAAAUGUUGGAAAGAAAAGGAGAAGUAUACUGCUCAUCCUGGACUUGCAUGGAUCUUAAUAGGGAUGCAUUUGUAAGGCUAUUUUAAGAGUUUACUCUGGGUUCAUUUCUAUGUUUACAGGGCUACAUUCUUCACAUAACAUUAAACAAAUUAUUAUUUUUGUUGAA